GCACGCGGCCAACGCGCACGAGGAGGGCAUGCUGGACGAGUACGUGCGCAGCUUCCAGACGGGCGCGCUGGCGGCGCACAAGGACGGCAGCCGACACUGGAUCAAGAACAAGGGACCCUCCGUCGAGACCUACAUCGGCUUCAUCGAGACGUACCGCGACCCGACGGGCAUGCGCGCCGAGUGGGAGGGCUUCGCCGCCAUGGUGAACGGCCCGAUGAGCGAGAAGUUCGGUCGCCUGGUGGCCGCCGCCGAGAAGAUCCUGCCCCGGCUGCCCUGGCCUGAGGCGUACGAGAAGGACCGCUUCCUGAAGCCGGACUUCACCAGCCUGGACGUGCUGGCAUUCGCCGGCAGCGGCGUGCCCGCCGGCAUCAACAUCCCCAACUACGACGAGAUCCGCCAGGAGGAGGGCUUCAAGAACGUCUCGUUGGGGAACGUGAUCACGGCCGCCUACACGGCCUCGGUGCUGCCGUUCCUCGGGCCCGAGGACGCGGAGCUGAUGCGCCAGUACCGCACGCAGGCGUUCGAGGUCCAGGUGGGGCUGCACGAGCUCUUCGGCCACGGUAGCGGCAAGCUGUUCGCCAAGGACAAGGACGGCAAGCUGAACUUCGACGAGAAGACGGUGAAGCACGCGGAGACGGGCGAGCCGAUUACCAGCUUCUACACGCCGGGCGAGACGUACGACGGCGUGUUCACCGACCUGGGCUCGGCGUACGAGGAGUGCCGCGCCGAGUGUGUCGGCCUCUACCUGUCGCUCGACGACGAAGUCAUGGAGCUGUUCGACUGUCGCGGCGACACGGGCCGGCUCGUGACAUACGUCAACUGGGUGGACAACCUGUGGGACGGGUUCGCCAAGUGUCUGGAGCAGUACGACGCGGCGGCGCGCAAGUUCAUGCAGGCGCACAGCCGGGCGCGGUACGUGAUCCUGCGUGUGCUGCUGGAGCACGGCGACGGCGUGGUGAGCAUCGAGGAGCGGCAGGACGCCGACGGCCGGCCGGAUCUGCUGCUCACAGUCUGCCGCGACAAGAUCCACACCGCUGGCAAGAAGGCCAUCGGCGACUUCCUCACCCGGCUGCAGGUGUACAAGGCGACGGCGGACGUGGCGGCGGCGCGCGCCAUGUUCGACCACUACUCGGAAGUGCCUGACAGCGGACUGCACCCCUUCGCCAAGUGGAUUCCGAUCAUUCUGGAGAAGAAGCAGCCGCGGCGUUUCCUCGUGCAAGCGCACACCGAGCUCAAGGGCGACGACGUGCUGCUGCGCCAAUACGAGUCGACGCCCGAGGGCCUGAUCCAGUCGUUCGUGGACCGCUUCCCGGACCCAGCCAUCGAGGACCGCCUGCUCGAGCUGCACCAGAAGGACGCCAAGCACUUCCCCUGAAGCGGCCGGCCGUCGCCGCCCACCUGUGAUUCUCCGGACCGGUGUAAGGCCUAUUUGAGUCUGGCCGAGUCUGAGACGUCAUGCCAAAUACACGAUUCUCGAGGCA